AUGAAAGGCUGUGAUUGGUUGAUAAUCGAUGUCAAAGUUGAAGAAGGUUGUGAGGUCAAGGCAAGCAGCAGCAGCCAUUAUCGCAGUUGUCGCCUCUUGUUUUUUCUUCCUUCUUUUUACGUCGUCGACACUUUACGUUCGCAUUUUACACCUUGUGCCAUGAUCGGCAAGGAGACCCCAAUGACUAUGGAAAUUGUUCCCGAGUCAAUUCUUAGUACCGAAGAGCGUCAAAGUCUCUCCGAUAUCGACAGUCGAUUAUUUGGUUUCCUAAAACUCGAUGACGGAGGCGAAGUGAAGAGAAGUCUGCUGGAGCGGGGUAUUGUUUUUUACCAACAAAAAAUUCAAGAGCAUGCAAUGCUUCUUGCCAAGGAUCCGACUAACAGCAAAAAUUCUCCAAUUGCAUCUUUAUAUUGUGAACUUGGUCAUUUGCAUCUACUUCUAGAGCAAUAUGCCAAAGCACUCUCUGCUUAUCAGAAAUAUUAUUAUUCAAAUCAUGAACACUGGAAGGAUGCAUCAUUUCUCUAUGGUUUGGGGACAGUAUAUUUCCAUUUUGGUGCUUUUCACUGGGCUAUCAAAGCUUACCAACAAGUAUUGUAUAUAGAGCCAAGCUUUAGUCAAGCUAAUGAAGUGCAUCUGCGACUGGGGUUAAUGUACAAAAUUCUGAAUAACUAUGAAUCCAGUCAUAAGCACUUCCGCUUAGCUCUUCAAGAUAAUACCAAAUGCACAGUUUCAAAAGCUGAAACAUUGUUUUUUUUCUUUUCCUUUCUUUACUGUUUCUUUUUUUUUCUUUUCUUUCCUCUUUCUUUUCUUUCCUCUUUCUUUUCUUUCCUCUUUCUUUUCUUUCCUCUUUCUUUUCUUUCCUCUUUCUUUUCUUUCCUCUUUCUUUUCUUUCCUCUUUCUUUUCUUUCCUUUUCUUUCUUUCCUCUUUUUUUUUUCUCUUUUUCUGUCUUUGUCGUUUUUUUCUUCUUUUGUCUUUUUUUUUUGUCUUUGUCUUUUUUUUUUUUUUUUUCUGUCUUUUGUCUUUUUUUUUUUUUGUCUUUGUCUUUUUUUUUUUCUGUCUUUGUUUUUUUUUUUUUUUCUGUCUUUUUCUUUUUUUUUUUUACUGUCUUUGUCUUUUUUUUUUUUUUGUUUUUUUUUCUGUCUUUGUCUUUUUUUUUUUCUUUCUCUUUUUUUUUUUUUCUGUCUUUGUCUUUUUUUUUCUGUCUUUGUCGUUUUUUUUGUCUUUGUCUUUUUUUUUUUUGUCUUUGUCUUUUUUUUUUUCUGUCUUUGUCUUUUUUUUUUUCUGUCUUUGUCUUUUUUUUUUUCUGUCUUUGUCGUUUUUUCUGUCUUUGUCUUUUUUUUUUCUUUGUCUUUUUUUCUGUCUUUUUUUUUUUUUUUUUUUUCUUUCGUCUACAUAUAGCUCAUUUGUUCCAAGUGCAGGGCAAAUAUAAACAGUCAAAGGAAGCAUAUGAACAAUUUCUUUUACCUGAAGACAUUGAUGACAAAAUAAAAGCCAUUGCCUACAGGCAACUUGGUUGGUUAUUUCAUACUGCAGAACAGCUAGGAGACAAAAGUACUCGUGAACCAGUGGCUAUUCAUUAUUUGCAUAAAUCAAUUGAGCUUGAUUCUUCAAAUGGCCAGACUUGGUACCUCUUAGGCAGGUGCCUCUCUAGCAUAGGGAGAGUGCAUGAUGCAUUUAUCCAUUACCGCCACUCCAAGGAUAAAUGGGAGGCAAAUGCUGACACAUGGUGCUCUAUAGGAGUACUGUAUCAGCAGCAGAACCAGCCUAUGGACGCUCUGCAAGCCUACAUCUGUGCAGUGCAGCUGGAUCGCACUCACACGGCAGCAUGGACUGAUCUAGGCAUCCUGUAUGAGACGUGCAAUCAGCCCAGAGACGCACUCACCUGCUACAUUAAUGCUACCAGUAACAAAGCUUCAGUAAAUCCUAACUUAGCCGCUAAGAUUAAGUUUUUGCAGCAACAUCUUGUUAAUAUACCUAUUCAGCACUUGCAAAACCGGCCUAAAGCAUUGCCUAGCUUAGAAGAGGCUUGGAGUUUGCCCAUUCCUGCUGAGCUUAUUUCCCGCCAAGCUGCCAACUCUGCUGCCAAUCAGCAGCAGCAGCAGCAGCAACAUCAGGUGUCUGGGUGUGUAUCUACAUCUGACCACACCACACAGCCUAACACAGUGUUGAUCACUUCCCAGACAGAGACUGCCAUGGAUAUUGAUCCCAAUUCAUCUGCUGCCCAACCUAAAAAGAAAAAGACUGCUGUCUCGCCUGCCUCACGAAAGAGGAUGGGCCCAGGUGAUGGAUUUUCUGUCCAGAGACAGCCACCAUUUCCUGCAAACACUGCCAGUGGUCCUCAGCCUUUUACUCUGGGGAACACCAAUACAAACACUGCCAAGGAUGUAACUGCCAAUUUGUUUAAGUGUCCCAUCCCAGUCAGCAAUGGAACUUCUACUAAUAUGAUCUCCAGCAGUGGUGGAGGUAAUGGACAGCUACCUCCAUCAUCCCAGCAGCAGCAGAUUGGAAUGGUUCCAGGCGGACUUUCUCAAUCCCAGCUACCUCAGCCCCGGAACAUUCCAUUAUCAUCAUCGAACACUCAGGGUACCAUCACAAAACCUGGUUCAUCAAUGUCACCGACUUCAAUCUCAGACCGCACAGUAGGUAAAGACUGUGUUGGCACUGGACAAAAUGUUAGCGAUCAAGAGUUAGCAGCAUUGCUUCAAACUUCUAUAACAGAUGACCUGUUAGCACAUAUCACACAAGGAAGCAACAGCAGUCAAAGCCAUGACAAAAAAGCCCCCACAGAAGGUUCAUCAAAACAGCAAAGCAUUUAUGUAAAUAUGCCUUCCACAACUGAAGCAAUCAGCAGUGCUGCUGUCGGAAACACUGCCAUUUCUUCCAAUAGCACAUCCAAUCUGCCACAUUCCAGAUCUCAGGUUCAUCUAACACAAGGCAGGACUAAAAACCCCGGCAUGGUAGGGACACAAAAUAGUGAUAAAAAUACACAAGAACCUAAUUCUACCAAAAGUGAGCCUGUUGUUAAUCUAAAUACAAAGGCUGAAUCCCGAUUGCUGUGCCGUUAUCUAAAUCCUCCAAAAUCUGCCUUAAAAUUAUCGAUACACAUGUCAGCUAGAGAGGUCUUAGAAGCAUGUAAGGGCUUGGGUCGGAAUGGUGUCACAUCACAUUUCCUGGAUGAACGUCCACCUCGGCCUGCUUCACCUCCAUAUCCACCACUGCCAAAGGAAUCUCUUAACCCUCCUACACCAAGUGUUUAUCUUGAAAGCAAGCGGGACGCGUUUUCUCCUGAGCUACAACAGUACUGUUACACACAACCUGUUGUUGUUAUACGAGGUCUGGCUGGGGCUCUCAAAUUAGAUCUUGGUUUAUUUUCAACCAAAUCUUUGGUUGAGGCAAAUGCAGACCACCGAGUAGAAGUAAGAACACAGCGUCAACAACCACCUGACGAAAAUAAAGAUCAAUAUGGUAACAAUUUAUGGUAUUGUGAAAGCAGUCGUGGCCACACAUGUGUUGCCAAAUAUGCCCAGUAUCAAGCUUCAUCAUUCCAGGAAUCACUGAAGGAAGAACAGGAGAAAGCUCGGGGUAAUUACAGGGAAACAGAUAGUGAUUCUAAUUCCUCUUCUUCUUCAAAACCGAAAAUGAAAAGUAUUAAAUUUGGUACCAAUGUAGAUCUUUCUGAUGAAAAGAAAUGGAGGCAACAGCUGCAUGAACUCACUAAGUUACCAGUAUUUACAAGGGUUGUGUCAGCAGCAAAUCUAUUAAGCCAUGUUGGUCAUAUAAUCCUAGGAAUGAAUACUGUACAGCUGUAUAUGAAAGUCCCUGGUUCACGUACACCAGGACAUCAGGAAAAUAACAAUUUUUGUUCUGUGAACAUUAACAUUGGCCCAGGUGACUGUGAAUGGUUUGCUGUACCAGAUCAAUAUUGGGGUGUUAUAAAUUCAUUAUGUGAAAAGAAUAAUGUGAAUUAUCUGUGGGGUUCUUGGUGGCCUGUACUUGAGGAAUUAUAUGAAGCCAAUGUUCCCGUGUAUCGAUUUAUUCAAAAGCCUGGUGAUCUGGUAUGGGUCAAUGCUGGCACUGUCCAUUGGGUGCAAGCUAUUGGUUGGUGCAAUAAUAUUGCAUGGAAUGUUGGACCAUUAAAUGCACUUCAAUUUAAACUGGCAUUGGAUCGCUAUGAAUGGAAUAAAUUGCAAGCCUAUAAGUCCAUUGUUCCUAUGGUUCACUUGUCAUGGAAUUUGGCAAGGAAUUUGCAUAUAUCAGAACCCAUGUUAUUUGAAGUUAUAAAGUCUUUCUUAAUGAAAUCUCUGCGGCAAAUUCGAAUGACAUUAGAUUUUCUUGAGGAGCUGGGGAUUGAGUUGAAAUGGCAUGGUCGAGCACAGAAUGAAGCUGCUCAUUAUUGCAAUGACUGUGAGGAGGAAGUAUUUGAUAUUCUAUUUGUAACAGAACAAGAUAAGAAGCAUGUUGUACACUGCCAAAAUUGCGCUUGCAAAAUAAGCCCAGCUUUAGAGGGAUUUGUUGUGCUUGAACAAUAUCAUUUAGAGGACUUAAUAGAGAUGUAUGAUAAAUUCCAGCUUCAUCCAUCAAUUCAUCAAGUAAAAAGGGCUCCACAGACAAAACAACCACCAACACCUCAAGUAGUCACACAACCACCGCCACAAAAACAGCCACUUUUACAGCAACAACCAACUACCAGCAGCAACUCUUCAUCAUUAGCAUCAUCGUCAUCAUUGUCAUCAUUAUCAUCAUCAUCAUCAUCAUCAUCAAGCACAACCACUGCCAGCAGUAUACCUGCAGCACAAGCUUCUUCCCCACUAGUUCACCACCAAACAGAGACAACGACAAUGUCUGCUGCUGCUGCUGUCCACAUACCAUCCCAUCCACACAUCUCAAACAGCAGCACAAUUGCAGCCAGUCAGGCCAACAAUUGA